AUCAGUGAAACCCCAAAACUUCAGCCGCCAUUACUGUUUCAAGAUUGCUUCUUUUUAGUUUACCCUUUUUGUUGAUUUGCAUUUUUCUUGUGUUUGCAACUGUGAAAAAUGGUGGUGGGUGUUCUUGCUUUACAGGGAUCUUUCAAUGAACAUAUCGCAGCUUUGAAAAGAUUGGGGGUGAAAGGCGUAGAGGUGAGAAAGCCAGAACAGUUGCAGAAUGUGAGCUCCCUUAUCAUCCCUGGUGGUGAGAGUACCACUAUGGCCAAGUUGGCCGAGCUUCACAAUCUGUUCCCAGCUCUGCGUGAGUUUGUUCAAAUGGGGAAGCCAGUGUGGGGGACAUGUGCAGGCCUCAUUUUCUUGGCAAAUAAAGCCACUGGGCAGAAAACUGGAGGACAGGAACUAAUUGGGGGCCUUGAUUGUACUGUCCAUCGAAACUUUUUCGGGAGUCAGAUUCAAAGCUUUGAGGCAGAACUUCCUAUUCCUCAAAUUGUAGCUAAAGAAGGCGGUCCUCCAAGUUUUCGUGCUGUUUUCAUCCGCGCGCCGGGAAUCCUUGAUGUGGGACCAGACGUUGAAGUGCUGGCAGACAUUCCCCUCUCAGCCAUUGAAACUAUUAAUUCCAAUCCUGCUAUUCAGAAGGAAGAGGAGUCUACUGAGUCUGGAAAGAAAGUUAUUGUUGCUGUAAAGCAAGGGAAUUUACUAGCUACUGCUUUUCAUCCUGAAUUAACUGCAGAUACUCGAUGGCACAGUUAUUUCUUGAAGAUGGUGCCUGAAAAUGAAGUAGGAACCUCUGCUAUUGUUUCCACACCCGCCACAUAUCAAAGAUCUGUAGAGCGACCAAUUAUUGAUUUUCCCAUAUACCAAUAACAGAAAAAAAAAAAACGCUCAAGAAAGAAAUGAAGAUCAUAUAAGGUCAAAUGACUGCUUGUUGCUAUUUCUUGCUCAUUGUUGCUUUAUUACUAAACCUACAUUCUAAAUGCUGGACAGGAAUUAUUGAUGCUAUUCAUUGUUGCACAUAAUAGUAAAGGAUUUUCUUCCUGUGUG